GUUGAGCGUACACGCGAUCACCUAAUUAGUCGACAAAACCCUGGCGUUGCAGUGAAUACCGCGCGGGCAGCCAAGAUGUAGGCGGUCCCUCUCAUAUUUCUCCUGGUGAGCACAACCAAAUUGAAGACGUUCCCGAUGAUUCCCAGGAAGCAGAUGGCAGGCAAAGCGACACCAUAUGCAUACCUCCUCAAUGCUUCAAUGCGUGGGUCCUCAUCUGAUUGGUGCACCACCGUUGAUGCUAGACUUGAUUGGUUCCAAAUGCAUGGUGAACAGUCGAUGGUGGUGCCGUUCACGCAGAGCGCGGUACUCGACGCCGGGUCGCUAGAGUAAAACAGAGACAUCGCUGGCGAGUAUCAGUGCGGCAUCGUGUUGGUGAGGUGGUGGUAUUUCUGGAAAAAAUAGAUACAUAAAUAAUUCUGUUUCAGUAAGAUUUUAAAAAAGAAUAGAGAAGCGGACAACGAUAAAAAGUAAAGAUUUAAAG